CGUUGGGCCGACGUUUCCGCGACAGGCGGGCCUGACUGACAGUGAGGAAGUGGCGGCGUGGAGUGGCUCCGAAGGAAGGAAGGAAGAAGAAGUACAAAGACUCUUCACGAUGGGAGACAGCUUCCACGAGCAGCUGCAGGUGGACUCCCGGUUCCUCCGGUCCGACAAGCGCCUGGACACCGAACUGGUGGACAAACUGAUCCUGCAGCUGAACCGGAUCUACCCACAGAUCCUCAACGACAAGGAGGCCCACAGGUUCCGGAAUCUGGAUGUGCCCACCGGCAUCCGAUUGGCCGAGCUCCUGACGCACUUGCAGGAGAAGGGUGAGGAGGCGUGCCACGAGUUCUACAGGGCCCUGCACCUCCACGUGGAGGAGGUGUACUUCAGCCUCCCCACACGGGUCAGCCGCAGAUGGGAGCCCAAUGGAUUCUCCCGCAUGCCCCUGGCGAAGGAGAGAUUCGUGCUGAACGACAGGAGUCCCUGGUUCUUCCUGGGCUGUUUCAGCAUUGCAGUGGGGCUGACACUGCUGUACUACUGUGCAGACCGUCAGGUCCUGGGGGACCCCAGCAAGGUGUUGGGGGUCACCGCUCUGGGCCUGGGCCGCACGGCCGAAGAGCUCCUCAUCUCCUACACAGAGGACGGCUGCCGGACACCCUAGUUCCCACGGCAAGGUGGGAACACCAAAAUCCCUACAGAAACUACAGGAUGGGCCUGGAUGGGACUUUUUAAACGCACGUAUAAACUGUACACGUAUAUUCCUGUACACAUAUAUACCCGUUUGCUUUUUGCAGCGUACUGUAAUUGUUGAAUAUUGUCCAUGUACAAAUCCCCUCUCAGCUGAGGCUUCCCGGCCUCGAUCACACUCGCACACAGUGGCCAAUCGGUGCCUCCCAAUUUCAUCCGACCACAUUAGUGGGCUAAACGUUUUUGAAUUGUUCAGGCCCCUCGUUGAGUGCGAGCAGUCGGAGGUAGCUUGUGGUGGUGGAGCUGAAUCUGCAGUGCGGGGCACCGUCCGCCCGGAUCGAUGCACGAGGUGAAGAACCGCGGACUCGCCUACGGUGGCCGAACGGCUAGAGCAUCGCGGACUCUGCUGUAAGGGGGUGGGAUGAGGUCCGAGUCCACUCAGUCCAGACUUCCCCCCCAGUCUGCAGUCGCCCCGAGGUCAUCCCGGGGCAUCGGUCCACGUGACUUCUCAGGUUUCGCAAGAAAACGAACAUCACUACAGUCACAAACGACGCCGUCGCUGCAUCACAAGCCCGUGUCAUUACCACCACGGUCACAGCUGGUGAAAUCACCGUCACAGUUAAUGACAUCACUGUCACAAUAAUGACAUCACCCUCACUAGCUUGGCUCCCGGGGGGGGGGGGGUGCCCAUCUUCACCAGGUCGUCACAAUCACAAUCACAACCUUAAGCCUUUUAUUAUUAUUGUUAUUGCUGUCGUUUUGGUUAUUAGCGUAUAUGCACAUAUGCAAGUGAGUUUGGGUCUUGGGAGUCUUUAUGCAAAUUAUGAAAAUGUUUUUCUACUGAACAGCAGUGUAUUAUCUGGGCCUCAAACCCAUAACCUUCAGGUCAAUAAUCUGGUGUUCUGGGCCCUGCACCAUGAAAUUCACAGGAAACGGUAACACGAAAGGUCGAUAAUUCAAAACGGCAGUAUUACUUGUGAAAUUAUGUCCUUUUCAUAUUGUCCUAGCAUUAGCAUGUCUGCUUUUUUAUAUUAUAAGGUAUAUACAAAUGCAGUCAGCACAGGUACCUAUCUAUAUCUUUGAACUAGCACUGUGUGCUGUGGUCUUAAAAUCAUGGAAGAUGGUUUCAGCAUUACAUUUGGUGAUGGGUAAUUUUCAUAUAUCCUGAUGUUAUAAUAUUGUAAUUUGUCACAGGCAUGUUAUAGGGCUAUAGGGGUUCCCAAAGGACCCACAGCCCACUUAAUGUGCAGUUACAUUUUCUGGGACGUGACGUUACAGCCUAGGUUUUCCUACAAAACAGUUUGUUCUUAACAAAAGUCAGAACAACUGCAUUCAUAUUGUAAUGUGCAAAUGUUCACCGUUGUGCAUAUCUUUGGGAAGUGGCUAAUUAAAGGUACAAUAGGUAAGAUUUUGAUAUCCAGCAUUGACAUUGUUACAAGACCAUUGUAAAUCCCUUCCUGUCAGUGAAAAAAAGCUCACUGACAUGUUGACUCACCCUCUGCCUGUGUUUAUAGUCCUUAAAUUCGGGUUUCGAAAUAUGCAGUUAAUGGGCCGGCACUCUGUACCAAAACAUUGCAUCGAUGUACAAUAAUUCAAGCUCAUUGGUUGAAAAUUGGUUCCAACUGCCACAGCCAAUGGCGUUUCAACAUCAGCGGGUUUACAAAGAAGGGGGAGGGAUAAACUGUUUUAUUUUGAGCGUGUUUGUUGCUGCAAUUCCUCUCUUGACCGUUAGAAGUCUGAAAUUACCUAUUGCACCUUUAAGGUAAACCCGCCACUUAAAUGCCUGAUGUCAUGUUUGUAUUUUGGGGUUUAUGCCGCAGGUCAGUGCUUUUAGCCUUGUGAUUGUCUGUGAGCAUGCCAGACUGCAGGGCCUUCUUGUCCUCAGUCUCUCUGAUCUAGCCUUUGGAUGCCUUGUCCUCACGUAUGCCAAUGUUCUGUAAUAUCUUUCUGACGUCAUAAUAAAACUAGCUACCAAUCA